UUUCCCCACUUCAAAACUCGUCCCCAAAUUCCGUCGACCCCCAGCGCACUCGAAUCUGAAUCCCCUCACGCCUCCUCAUCACGCGGGCCUCUUGGCUCUUGCGGGGCUCCUGCAUAAACGCCGCCGCGCGCCCACGCCUUCCGCUCGCUCGCCUUUCCGCCCCCGAAUCAAUUUCAAACCGCGCCCCAUCGGCGUGAAUCAUCGGCGGCGGAGAUGGAGGUGGGCGACCUGCACAAGGUCUGGGAAGUCCGCGAACUCAAGAGAAAGCCUGACGCGCCCGCUGCCCGCGCGCUCCUCGACCGCAUCGCCAAGCAGGUCCAGCCCAUCAUGCGCCGCCGCAAGUGGCGCGUCAAGGUCCUCUCCGAGUUCUCGCCACGGAACCCCAGGCUGUUGGGGCUCAACGUCGGCAAGGGCAUCGAGGUCAAGCUGCGGCUGCGGCGCGACGGCAGCGACCUCGACUUCAUCCCCUACGAGGAGGUGCUCGACACCAUGCUCCACGAACUCUGCCACAACGAGCGCGGGCCCCACGACGCGCAGUUCUACAAGCUCUGGGACGAACUCCGCAAGGAAUGCGACGAACUUGUUUCGAAAGGUAUCACUGGAACAGGACAAGGAUUUGAUGGUACAGGAAGGCGACUGGGUGGAUUCACAGUAUAUCCGCCACCGCCAUCUCUUCGACAAGCUACAGCAGCCGCUGCACAGAAGCGGGCAAGGAAUGGAGCUCUAUUGCCAUCCGGACCAACAAAGUUGGGUGGAAACAAUUACAUUAUGAGUGUACUUAGUCCAGUACAAGCUGCUGCUAUGGCAGCUGAAAGGAGAAUGCAUGAUGAUUUGUGGUGUGGAUCCCAUGAUCAAUCUGGUAUUGAUGAUUCGGAUGAUGUUGUUAUUCUUGAAGAACCACCUAACUUGACAGCAAGGGAUGGAAAAACCACAAAGGGUAGCUGUUCCAACACUAUUGCGGAGCCCAGCACUUCGUCUGGAAUUCACACAGCACCACGAGAUGGUUCCUCAUCUUUUAGGACAACAAGUGAUGCAGGCGAUGAUUCAAAGUGGGAAUGUGGUGCUUGCACUCUUCUAAACCAGCCUUUGGCGCCAAUAUGUGAAGUUUGUGGUACGGCAAAACCUAAAAUUGCAAAGGCAAAGUACGCAACUUGGUCUUGUAAAUUUUGUACUCUAGAGAACAGCACUAAGCUUGACAAAUGUUCGGCGUGCGAUCAAUGGAGAUACUCAUAUGGGCCACCAGUAACCACCUAUGAACAUUGAAAGCUACAAAUGUACAAGUACAGCACGGUACUGUGCCAGAUUGCCAGGUCUUUAACAAUCGUUCAAUCUUCUCUAUGUGUACUGUUUCCUUUGGUUCAUUGUUCUUACUCGAUGAAACUUCAGAGCAGGCAUCUGCUGCAUUGUUGAUUUAAGUUGACUCAUCAGCAACAGUUCUCGCUCCAUUACCACUCAUGUCAUGUCAGGUUUGAAGUUGCUGGAGAGAAAUCUGAUACCUGUUAAACUGGCCAUCUUCUUCUGUUGCCGUUGCUUGUAGCAAAUAGCUAUGAGUGGAUCGGUAAAAAGAGGCAAUCUUCAUGCCUCCUGUUAACGUUAGCCCCAAGCGGGCCUGGGGCAUGGUGCAUAUGAACCUGCAUGCCCAUCCACUCUCGUUGGCAGGUAACAACUCAGCCCCUUGGACGCGGUAUGAUGAGUUAGUCCUGCUGUCUGUUCUUAUGUCGUCUACUCAGACCCUUGGACGCGGUAUGAUGAGUUGGUCCUGCUGUCUGUUCUUAUGUCGUCUACUCGUGUUGCCGUGUGACUUCAGUGGGUGAGGAACUUGGUAAACUAUUAAUGUAAGGGUUAACACAAGUUAUCCCCAAUGGUCUAAAAAAACAAUUUACCUGCUC